AAAAGACAAUAUUUUGUUCUUUGAAAUCUGACAAUUUCUUUUUUGAGGGGCAUAGAUAAGUUACAAAUUUGGACUCCUUCUGCAACACACAUUUUUCAAGCCAUUAUAGUUAGUCAAAUAAGCAGGGCUGGCAGUUCUCUGCUGUGGGAACUGGCUGGAAGUCAAUAAAAAGGAGAUUUGUUCCAGGGUGGUCACGUGAGCACAAUGCUCAGCAGGGCAAGAAAAUGACAACCACGAUCUUCCUCUAAAAGCAGUCAUUCUGACUGGGAAUACUCAAGACAGGCAAAUGGAAUGAGCACAAUACAGACAUGAUAGAGACCGGGAAGAACUAGAAACCAUUUUCUUGAAGCAAGGAAAUACAGGGGCAAAUUAACUUUCUAGAAUAUUUUCUUCAGACAUUCCAAAAACCAAAAUGGUUAACAGAGAGAUAAAUGUGUGCCAACAAACAUGGGCCUUACUGUGCAAGAAUCUGCUUAGAAAAUGGAGAAUGAAAAGAGACACUUUUUUGGAAUUCCUGUACACAUCAAUUACACUGUUUAACUUAUCUAUAUUUCCUGAAAUCCAUAAGAUUUACGAUUUUUCAUCUCUGUCUAAUAUGGACCUGGGACGUAUUGACUCGUUUAAUGACUCCACCUUUUUGAUUGCGUACACACCUGUCACUGAAACAACUCAGAGGAUAAUGAAUAGAGUCUCUUUGGCCUCCUACAUGACAGGAAAAGAAAUAUUGGCUUUUUCAGAUGAAGAAAAUAUGACAGAACUCAUUUCAAACCGUUACAAUGAUGUAGUGAGGGUCAUAUUUACCAGCACUUACUCCUAUCAUUUGAAAUUCCAUGAAGGAAUAAGGAUUCCAACCAUGAAGGAGCAUAAGGACCACACAGCUCAUUGUUCUGCAUAUGAAGAUGAUAUUAUUUGUGAUGUUUCACGCUUCUGGACAGAUGGGUUCGUGGCUCUUCAGGCUGCCAUUAAUUCAGCCAUCAUAGAAAUCACAACAAAUCACUCAGUGAUGGAAGAGAUGAUGUCAGUAACCGGAAAAUACAUGAAGAUAGAUCCUUUCAUUGCCCAAGGAGGAAUAGCGACUGAUUCUUUCCUUUUUUUAUGUAUUAUUUGUUUUUCCCCACUCAUCUACUAUAUCUCAGCUGGUGUUACAAGAGAAAGGAAAAAGAUGAAGGGCUUGAUGACAGUGAUGGGUCUUCAAGAUUCUGCUUUCUGGCUGUCCUGGGGUUUGCUCUAUGGUGUCAUUGUCCUCAUUGUGGCCCUUCUCUUGGCAUUUACUAUAAAGUUGGUUCAAUUUGUCAUUUUGACUGGAUUCAUGACGAUCUUCAGCCUCUUUUUCUUCUAUGGCUUAUCUUUGAUCUCUUUGUCUUUCUUAAUGAGUGUCUUACUAAGGAAGUUUUUCCUCACCGACUUUGUGGUGUUCUUUCUCACUGUCUUCUCCGGAAGUCUGGGAUUCACAGCAUUGUACAGAUACCUUCCUGUGUCCUUGGAGUGGGUUCUAAGUUUGCUCAGCCCCUUUGCCUUUAUGCUUGGAAUGGCCCAGCUCUUACACUUGGAUUAUGAUGUGAAUUCUAAUGCAAACCCACCAGGCAACCCAAAUCUAAUCAUUGCCACAAUUUUCAUGUUGUUCUUUGAUAGUGUCUUCUACCUGAUAUUGACAUUUUACUUUGAAAAGGUUUUACCAAAUGAAUAUGGACGACGACAUCCACCCUUGUUUUUUCUGAAAUCCUCGUUUUGGUCACAACAAAAUCAAGCUGAUCAGAUAGCCCUUGACAAUGAGACAGACUAUGAGUUUUCUGAUGACUUAUUUGAACCUGUGUCUACAGAAUUCCAUGGGAAAGAAGCCAUCAGAAUCAGAAGUCUUACAAAAGAAUACAUAGAAAAGUCUAAGCGUACAGAGGCUUUGAAAGAUCUGGCAUUGGACAUAUUUAAAGGUCAGAUCACUGUAAUCCUUGGUCACAGUGGAGCUGGGAAAUCAACACUGUUAAAUGUCCUUAGUGGGCUGUGUGUUCCCACCAAAGGGUGCGUCACUAUCUAUGAUAACAAACUCUCAGAAAUGACUGACUUGGAAAAUAUCAUCAAGCUCACUGGAAUUUGUCCACAGUGUAAUGUACAAUUUGAUUUCCUCACUGUAAGGGAAAAUCUCAGGCUAUUUGCUAAAAUAAAAGGGAUUCAAGCACAUGAAGUGGACAAUGAGAUACAAAGAGUUUUGAUGGAAUUGGAAAUGAGGAAUAUUCAGGAUAUCCUUGCUCAAAACCUAAGUGGUGGACAGAAGAGAAAACUGACUUUUGGAAUUGCCCUUUUAGGAGACCCUCAGAUUUUCCUACUGGAUGAGCCCACUGCUGGGCUGGAUCCCUUCUCAAGGCACCGGGUGUGGAAUGUCCUGAAGGAACGCAAAGCAGAUCGCGUGGUCCUCUUCAGCACUCAGUUCAUGGAUGAGGCUGACAUCCUGGCUGACAGGAAAGUGUUCAUCUCCAAGGGGAAGCUGAAGUGUGUGGGUUCAUCUCUGUUCCUGAAGAAGAAGUGGGGGAUUGGUUAUCACCUAAGCUUGCAGCUGAAUGAAACAUGUGUGCAUGAGAGAAUAACAUCGCUUGUCAAACAACACAUCCCUGAAUGCAAAUUAUCAGCAAAAAGUGAAGGAAAACUGAACUACAUAUUACCCCUUGAAAGAACAAAUAAAUUUCCAGAUCUUUACAGAGAUCUUGAGAGAUGCCCAGACCUGGGAAUUGAGAACUAUGGUGUUUCUAUAACAACACUGAAUGAGGUGUUCCUGAAACUAGAAGGAAAAUCAACAAUUGACCAGUCGGAUGUCAAUGUAUCAGAAGCUGCAGGAACAAGGGGCACAGGGAGGCUUGCUGAAAUGGAACAACUUGUCUCUUUACUCAAUGCGGCGAGCAAUAGGAAAGGGGGCAUGGCACUCUGGUGGCAGCAGCUCUGUGCAGUCGCCAGGCUUCGCUUCUUGAAGUUAAAACACGAAAGGAAAUCUGUCUUUUUUCUGAUUCUGAUUUUGGGGAUUGGACUUCUGCAUGUCUUGUCAGCAAAUAUCCAUAGGAUAGUACGUGACAGCGAUUACUGCUGGGAACUGUCUCCUUCUAUGUACUUCCUCUCCCCUGGCCAACAACCACACGAGCCUCUCACUAACUUAUUGAUCAUCAACAAAACAGGAGCACAGAUUGAUGACUUCAUACAUUCGCUGGAGAAACAGAACAUAUCUUUGGACGUUGAUGCCUUUGGGACUAGAAAUGGCACAGAAGAUACUCUGUACAAUGGAGCUAUCAUACUGUCUGGUGGUGAGAAUAAUUACAACUUUAUGUUAGUAUGCAACACCAAGAGACUGAAUUGUUUUCCAGUUCUGGUGGAUAUUGUGAGUAAUGGGCUACUUGGACUGUUCACAUCAUCAGCACACAUUCAAACUGACCGCAGCACAUUUCCUGAGGAUAAUAGCUACGGACCAUUCUAUAAUUUGCCUUAUUUCUUCUCAUGUAUCCUCGUGAUGGCCUCUGUUCCUCCUUAUAUCUCCAUGACCAGCAUUGAUGACUAUAAGAACAGAGCUCAGCUCCAGCUGUGGAUUUCAGGUCUCUGCCCAUCUGCAUACUGGUUUGGGCAGGCUCUGGUUGAGGUUCCAAUCUACUGGGCACUCACUUCAUCUAUGUAUGUUGCAUUCUAUGCCUCAGCCCAAGAGAGUAUACUUGCAACUGGAGAUCUAUUUAUUCAGAUGCUGUAUGUUGGUGGUUAUGCCAUGUCAAUUAUUUUUAUGACUUAUGUGAUUUCAUUCAUCUAUCACAAGGGGAGGAAAAAUAGUGGCAUUUGGUCACUUUGCUUUUAUAUUGUCACUCUUUUUUCUAUAUGUUUUAUGAUUCUUGGUCCCUUUCCAGAUGAAUUUCUGUUUUGUGCCAUUACCCUAAUCCCGCCUGCUACCCUGGCAGGCUGCACAUUCCUACAUUUGCAGAAUUCUCAAUUUUAUGAUAUAGGUCUUGAAGAAUCAAGCACAGACUAUUCCUUUCUGUUGUUCCUAGUACCUUUCCUACAUUUUGCCAUCUUCCUAGCUAUUCUUCGAUGUUUGGAAAGCAAACUUGGAAUGAAAACAAUGAGAAUGGAUCCUGUGUUUAGAAUUUCUUCAAGAAGUGGUCAUGUAUUUAACAAUCCAGAAGAACCUGAAGGAGAAGAUGAAGAUGUGCGUCUAGAAAGAGUACGGACAGCAAGUGCUUUGACUUCGGCUGACUUCCAGGAGAAGCCAGCCAUCAUCGCCAGCUGUCUUCGCAAGGAGUACAGGGAAAAGAAGAAAUGCUUUGUUUCUAAGAGCAAGAAGAAGAUCGCAACAAGAAAUAUCUCUUUCUGUGUUCGAAAAGGUGAGAUUGUAGGAUUAUUGGGACACAAUGGAGCUGGUAAAAGCACAUCCAUUAAGAUGAUAACUGGAGAAGCAAAACCAAGUGCUGGACAGGUGCUGCUGAAAGGGAACAGCACAGGGGACACCCUGGGGUUCCUGGGGUACUGUCCUCAGGAAAACGCUCUGUGGCCCAGCCUAACGGUGAGGGAACACCUGGAGAUAUUUGCCGCCAUGAAGGGGAUGAGCAGAGGUGAUGCUGCAGUGGCCAUUGCACGGUUGGCAGAUGUGCUCAAGCUACAGGAGCAGAUGAAGGCUCCCGUGAAGACACUGUCAGAGGGAGUGAAGAGAAAGCUGUGUUUCGGGCUGAGCAUCCUGGGGAACCCGUCCGUGGUGCUUCUGGAUGAGCCGUCGACCGGGAUGGACCCUGAGGGGCAGCAGCAAAUAUGGAAGGUCAUCCGGGCCAUCUUUACAAACACAGAGAGAGGCGCCCUCCUGACCACACAUUACAUGGCAGAGGCGGAGGCUGUGUGUGACCGCGUGGCCAUCAUGGUGUCUGGAAGGCUGAGAUGUAUUGGAUCCAUCCAACACCUAAAGAGCAAAUUUGGCAAAGAUUACCUGCUGGAGAUGAAGGUGAAGACCCUUGAGCAGGUGGAGCCCAUCAACACGGAGAUCAUGAGGCUUUUCCCCCAGGCUGCUCGGCAGGAAAGGUACUCUUCUCUGAUGGUCUACAAACUGCCCAGGGAAGAUGUGCAACCUUUAUCCCAAGCCUUCUUCAAAUUAGAGACAGUUAAACAGAGCUUUGACCUGGAGGAGUACAGCCUCUCACAGUCCACCCUGGAGCAGGUCUUCCUGGAGCUCUCCAAGGAGCAGGAGCUGGAUGGUUUUGAAGAGGAGCUUGAUCCCUCGGUAAAGUGGAAGCUCCUCCCACAGGAAGAGGCUUAACACUGAAAUUUUUAGCUAUGGAUGUUUUCUCUUCCAGUAGAUUAAAGUAAUUUUGUCUUUAAUGCUACAUAUUCAUCGUUGAUGAAGAAAUCAUUGAUCAUGGAGGCAAAUGCAGCUGAUUAGCUUAUGAAUGUGAAUGUGAAGCUUUUAUGAAUGGGAUUAGUAAUCAUAAAAAGAGCCAUUGAACCAGCUCAUUCUCUACAAAUUUUCUCCAUAUUGUUAUCAUUUUAACACACAUUAAUUGUAUGCAUUAAUGAGUUUCACUGUGACGUUUCAGUACAUGUGUAUACUGUGCAUAAAGGGCACCCAUCCUCUUUCCUGUCCAUUCCCACCAUCCUUCCCUCAGAACCUUUCAUGGUCCUUUAUGUCCUUCUACUUUUAGAUAUUUUGUUUUGUGUCUUUCUACACAUAAGAGAAAACACGCACUUCUUGACUUUGUAUCUGGCUUGUUUUGCUCAGCAAGAUGCACUCCAAUUCUAUGUAUUUUUCUUCAGAUGAUGGGAUUUCCUUCUUCAUUACAGGUUAAUGAUCCUUCAUUGUAGAUAUUGUUACUUUAUACCUUCAUUUAUGAUGGGUUUCUAGACUGAUACUAUAUCUUAUGUAUUAUGAAUAGUACCACAAUAAACAUGAAUAUGCAUGUAAUUCUUUUUUAA